AUGAGGCGUCGAAGCUCGUGUACCGUUCGUCGUCCAUCGUCUGGGUUGCUAUUGCUUCGGCCACUUGAUCUCUGGACGAAACGACGAAGAUUCGCUCCAAGGGAGCUUCAAGCACCAGCUUCCGACGAGCCCGCAGCUCCCACCACCACACCAGCCGCCCACGGACCCGGGGAGCAACCGGAAGCCCCUCCGCAGGGUUCAUUACUCUUGGACAUGUCCACGCUCCGUCGUCCACUCUCCAGGGGCCCAGAUCGAAGCACCGCGACCUCUGGAGCGUGGCGGCAAGACUCCGCCUCUCUCCAUCGCCAUCGAGCACAGCACCACAACGCGGGAUUCAAUCCGCUCACCAAACAUAUGGGCAGUAUCAGGAGCAUUGUGAGCGUCUCCCAUGCGAUCUCCGUGUCGCUGCCGCCAUGUUUCGAAAUUUUCGAGUUGCGCAACCCCCCCGGUCAACUGGUCCAGAGAUACAUCGACGACAACCAACUUCGCCAAACCUCGCUCAACGGCCCUGCCACCCAUUCGAGGAGGCUAAGAGCAUCGUCAUUAUGUCGGAACAAUGGUUGGAAUGUCGAGGGACCUCCAUCUCGCUGUUGCAGGACUCGAUUUGCCAGUGUGGAUUGUACCGUCGACAGCACGUUCAUAUCAGCCAGAUUGAUGGUUGCGGGCUUGUACGUUGGCAACGGCGUUCCUGCGACAUCCUUCCUUUGCAAAAGAGCCUGGCCGUGGCACGACCGAUUCCUUUUCAAGCUCCAAGAUUGGUUCAACCCAAGUCAAUUCUUCGACGGCACCCAAGAACCGCAAAGCAUGUGGACAAACGCGCGAACAGCACGUGUCGUCGUCUGGACCGCGGUUGUGAUUACACCCGACCGACUGUCUACAGUCGUGCAUGCCGGUCAGAUAUCUUCGGCUUUGUCCAGCUCAGGAGAAGAGAACUUGCCGGAGGACGGCGGCUGCGAAGCGUCCAACGAGUUCACAACGUUCGGGUACCCGCUGGGCCUGAUGUUUGAUGUACCGGAUGAGCAGCUCGUUGACGAGGGCGUCCAUCUAUUCAUUAAUACUUUGACACAGGAUAUCUGCGAGACCCCUACAAAAGACAUGUGGCAUCGUCCUCUACUUCUGGCGUUUCUCCCCAGAAAUUCCCUCCCGUUCAAGUUCCUGCCAGGCCAUUCUUCCAUCCAGUUUUCGAGAAGGUACCAGCCUGAUGCAUUCAUCGCCGUCGGGGGUGGUAGUGUCAUCGACGCAGCCAACACGACGAAUCUUUACGCUCCACUCAAACUAGUUAUUGCCGGAAACCAUGAUUUCACCAUGGACAUUAUUGCUGCCUUCGAAGCCAAACUUGCGGAGGCAUCGCAAUCCCUGGACCCCGGGGUCAUGGCCCGAAAAUAUGGAACCAUGGAAGCUUCUGCCGCUUAUCGCGUACCAGCAACGGCUAGGACAGAGUCGGAAACGAAUGGCACGCAGUGGGAUGGCCAAGUUAUGCUUGUUCUUACUUCCAGUGAAAGUGGAACUCGCCAGAGUAUCCGGAUCAGCCGAUCCCCCCAUAUCAAUCAGCCAGCUGGUACAGAUGGCGAACGUAUGGGAGAAGGCAGCAGUGGAGAGUUUGGGUGGCUAGCUUCAAGCCAGCUCUGCGUGAAAGAUGCUGCCUUCGUGACGCCAGCGCAGCGCCGCACCAAGAUUGGACGGCAAAUCGUGACGGUUCCCAAAGCGCCACAAAUCUACUGCAGGAGGUUCAACGUCCAUGCGGGCCUGGAGCCUUGUCUUCAGCAUACACAACAUGCCCGUGGUGUUUGCGAUUUCCUGCAAAUACUGGCCCGUGGUCAGCUUCACUGGAUCGGUGCCACCACUCUCGCAGAGUACCGCAAAUACAUUGAAACUACAUGUCGCUUGCGCAGACCUCCUCCGUUAUCAGUCACUUCGCCGCCGCGCGGGCUCGUUACCACGUCCAAUAUCCUCAAGGGACAGAGCCCAUGGCGCGAGCGUCGAGGACGAUACCCUAAAAAGCCUUUAGGCCAGUGGUGCCGUUUUCAACCAGGUAGAAAGAACACACUUCCGGCGGAGAGCAGUUCUGACCCGAAUCCAAGGUGA